CAAAGGACGAAGAGCUAGCAGAGUACUGAUAUUUGUCUCUGUACACUUUGUCAUCUCCUCUCAGCUCCUGAUCAACAAUCACCAGCUAUGGAUGAUAUUUACAAGGCAGCAGUUGAGCAGUUGACAGAAGAACAAAAAAAUGAAUUCAAGGCUGCUUUUGAUAUCUUCGUCCUGGGUGCAGAAGAUGGAUGCAUCAGCACCAAGGAGCUGGGGAAGGUGAUGAGAAUGCUGGGGCAGAAUCCUACUCCUGAGGAGCUACAGGAGAUGAUAGAUGAAGUAGAUGAGGAUGGCAGUGGCACUGUAGAUUUCGAUGAGUUCUUGGUUAUGAUGGUCAGGUGUAUGAAAGAUGACAGCAAAGGAAAAUCGGAAGAAGAACUUUCAGAUCUCUUCAGGAUGUUUGACAAAAAUGCGGAUGGAUACAUAGACCUGGAUGAGCUAAAGCUGAUGUUGCAGGCCACAGGAGAAACCAUAACUGAAGAUGACAUUGAGGAACUGAUGAAGGAUGGAGACAAAAACAAUGAUGGCAAGAUUGACUAUGAUGAAUUCCUGGAGUUUAUGAAAGGUGUUGAAUAAACCUGAGAUUUCUGGAACAGCCUCAUCUUUUGAACAUCUCCGGUUUUGUCUUCUGCUAUUUCAUCAGUUCAGUUUCUUUAGAAUUUGCAAGAAGUAAUGCACCAAACAUGGUGAACGUCAGGAAAACUUGAGUUAUCACUUUUUAAGUGCCCUGGUUAUAGUCACUCUUUGGAAAUUUACUGAGUCAACUUAUUAUUGUCCUUUCAUUGCUAUUGGCGUCAGCGAUCAUAUGUUCCUUAAUGUCUGAAUGGAUUGCACAUGUUACAGUGAAAAAGUAGGCUUGAGUGACUAUUAAAACACUUAAGCAUCCACUAAAAAUUCUGACUUAACAAUGCAAAAUGCCAGCUCUUUCUUCUUGUACUUCAUCCCCAGCCAACGUUAAGUGAUAUGUAAAAAUUCAGAGCAUACAAAAAUAAGAUUUGUUUUUGAAAUACUAAUAAAAUUAUUUGAAAAUUGGA